AUGUCUGAACAGCAAGAAUCAUCCUUCGAUGUGCCUUUGUACGAACUUCCUGCUGGACUCUUUGCCGCUUUAUUUGAAUCAGAAUCGCCCGAAUUAUUUCUUGAACAAAAAUUUCUGGAGCAAGAUUCGAUGGAGAAUACCUCUCGACCUCGAUUCCAAUAUGGUUCAAGCACGACAAACUCAUCACAUAUUCCGUUAUCCACGGCAUCGUCUGAAUUUGAUGCUCAAGACAUCAGCCCUACGCUCAUUUCAUCAUAUUCACAUCCAUCAACAUUGCCUACCAGUACCUCUUUAUACCAUCCUGCGGCUGAAGGCGAGGGACAGUUAUUCGACCCAUGGUAUCCCCCUGCUUCCCAUAUGCAGGGACAAUUACUGGAUCAGCAUAGUUUCCAAACGGGAGCCCAUCCGUCUCUCCCAGUUUGUACCGAGUCUGUGUGGCGCCCUCUGCCACAACACUUACCUGGGCCAUGGCCAGAUACCCGCGUACCCGUAUUUAGGGGCGAUUAUCGUUCUUCCUUCAUGGAAGGACCCAUUGACGCCUCGGAGGACAAAUUGGGCAUUAUGAAAGACCCGACGCCACCACUAUAUGGCGCUUCAGUGCCUAUAUAUGAAUUUGAAAUGCCAGUAGAGAUCCCGACUGAACAAGCGUCCACAUCACAUGACAUGGGUGUUGCGUCGGUGACUGUUAAUGAAGAAGGACGUGGCACGUACGAUAACUGGCCUCCGAUGCAGUUGCCGUUACUUCCAACCUCCGAGUUGAGCAAUCAUGAAGGAAUUAACUACCCAGCCUUCUCCAAUACAUUUGGAGAAGGUUUGGGAUAUAACACCAUGAAAUCCACCAACAAAUGGCAUACGGUCGAAGAUCAAUGCUCCGGGGAUCCCCCCGUCGAGCAAGGUCGGAACGAGCCUAACACACAUGGAAGCGAUCCAUACGGACUGGACAAUGCCCUGGAGGGGCUACCUAACGCAGAAGCAUGGACAAAUGAGUCCUUGCACCUGCCCAUUGCACCGGAGCAGCCUGCUCCGAGCAUGUCCCUAGUCGAAGGCCACGUUCCUAACUGUAUGGGGGGGCUCAGCGUCAGCGUCACGCGCGAACGCAAGAGGUGGCGGAGGGACAAGGGCAUUCGACCAAGAGAAAUCUUCUAUACCCGUGAUAUCGAUGGACCGGAUGCGUGGGAGUUCCAUGCACGACGUCCACAAUGCCUCGAAUUCGCUAUAAUUGGCGUCUUCGAGGGCAAAAUUUAG